ACUAAAUUUUUAGUGUUUUAAAUGGGCUAUCCUAAUAAAUCACCCGAACCUGACCGCCGUCGACGACGGCAACCACAACAAAAUCAGAGGACAUCACAAACUGUUCAAACAUCCGAUAGAGUUGUGAUGAACAAUAGCUAUGACUUAUUAUUGAAACUACUGGUAAUUGGGAAUUCAUCGGUCGGAAAGUCGGCAUUUAUCUACCGAUACACUGACUACAUGUUCAACAUAUCGGCUGUCCAUACACUUGGUAUAGAUUUCAGAUUAAAAACAAUCGACAGACAGUCAGUCAAUGGCAACAAACAGCGUAUCCGUUUGCAGAUCUGGGAUACGGCCGGUCAGGAAAGGUAUCGUACGAUUAUUACUUCAUACUUUCGUAAAGCGGACGGUUGUCUACUAAUGUAUGACGUGUCAGAUAGAGAGUCGUUUGAUAUGAUUGAACAAUGGCUUCAAUUAUUCAAAGAUAAUGCACCCGAUAGGGCACAGAUAGUACUGGUUGGCAAUAAAUGUGAUCUGAGUGGUGGUAGUGGUGGUGAUAGUGAUGAUGAUUACAACCAACACCGACAACAACACCGACUACAACAGCCAAAGAAACGGAUGAUCAGCUAUGAAAUGGGCCGACAAUUGGCCGAUAAAUUGAAACUGGAUUUCUUUGAAACAUCGGUUAAAGAUAAUGUCAAUGUCGACGAUGUGUUUGAUAGGUUAGUCGAUAUUAUAUGCGAUAACCAUAUGCUGACCGAAAGCCCGGAGCCAACUAAUAUGGCAAUUGCUAACAUAGGGACAGUCAUCUUAGAUAAUGAUAAUAAUAAUAAUAGCCAUAAUAAACGCCGAAAAAAAUCAUCGUGUUGUAAAUAA